AUGGGAAAGCGUCGGGGCUUCCAGCCGCAGGGGUACAUCAACCCGAUGGUUCUCGCUCGCCAAUCAGGCCCCGUGGAGUCGAGCGGGCCUUCGAUUCGGGACUACCUGAAUCGCCCGAGGCCGUCGUGGGACGAGGUCAAGAGCAUGAUGGCCGAACAGAACAAGACCAGCAAGGCCCUCGAGGAGUGGGAGAACAACAUGCAGAAGGACUGGCGCGCCGAGCUCGACGAGAACCGCCAGCACGUCAUCAAGAAGCGGGACGAGGACCGAAAGAAGGACAGGAAGGACAGGAAGAGCAAGAAGAGGAGGAAGAGGAGGAGGGGCUCUUCCUCGUCGUCCGCUUCGUCGUCGUCCGACUCCUCCUCGGAGGACUCGUCGUCGUCGGACGACUCGGAGAGGAACAGGAAGAAGAGGAAGCGCAGGAAGAAGGACAAAAAGGAGAAGACGACGAAAACGAAGAAGAAGAACAAAAAGGAGAUGAAGCUCUCGGCAUUCUUCGCCGCCUCAUCAUCGGAAAGCUCCUCCGACCAAGACGAAGACAGCGAGAAGGAGAAGGAGAAGAAGGACAAAAGGAAGGAGAAGGAGGAGGGGCCGGCCAGCAGGGAGGAGAAGGACAAGGCCGGCAGCCGUGAGCGCGCCGACGAAAGGGAGAGGAAGGCCGAAGGCAAGCCCGAUUCGGAACGCCGUGACCGCGAGCGCGACCGGGAUCGGAACGGUGCGCGCGACCGAGACAGGGACAGUACCCGAGAACGCGAUCGGGACAGGGACAGGGAAAGAGACAGAGACAGAGAGCGUCGCAGGCGGCACCGCGACGACCGAGAACGCGAUCGCGACAGAGAGCGGGACAGGCGGCGGAGAGACGAUGACCGCGGGCGGGAAUCGCGUGACAACGAGGAGCGAAAGGAGCGCCAGUAA